CUAUUUAAAUCUGUAAUGAGAAACUUGCCGCAAGUUCAUACAUUCACGCUGCUGCUACCGGUUUUUUUAGGCACAUACGAACCACUGCCGCCGGCUUUCAUUGACACUAGGUUCAUUGGACAGGCUCAGUGAAAACACCAACUGUGAACCUUCCAGUUAUUAUCUAAACAACUAACGCGCUUUACAUUUUUUAUUUUUUUAGAAGAAAUGAAAAAUAGCACCCUUUUGUUGUGGAGUUUCUCACUUUGUGCAGUUGCAUUCUUUGUGUCGGGAGCGGAAGAGAACACCGUUUUCAAAGAUGAGGAGUUUAAAGUGCCACAUGGUGAAGAUGAGACGGUCCAUGACCGGAUCACAUACAACAUGAGGAAGAGUCUGGAUCUAGAUGUGGACGGCUGCAUCUUGGUGCCUGGUGAGAAGAAAAGUCUGCUGGAAUGUGGAUUCAACGUCACUGCCAAGACUAUCUUUAUUAUCCACGGCUGGACGAUGAGCGGGAUGUUUGAGAGUUGGAUGCGAAAGCUGGUGGCGGCCAUGAUGCAGCGAGAACCAGAGGCCAACGUGGUCAUCGUUGAAUGGUUGCCCAUGGCCCACCAGCUCUACCCUGACGCUGUCAACCACACCCACCAAGUCGGCCUCAGCGUCGCCACCACCAUCAACUGGCUCCAGGAGGAACAGCAGAUGCCCUUGCAGAAUGUGCACCUGAUUGGCUACAGCUUGGGGGCCCAUGUGGCGGGCUACGCAGGCACGUUUGUGCGAGGUAGCGUCGGCCGAAUCACAGGUCUAGAUCCGGCAGGGCCCAUGUUUGAGGGGGUGGGGGAUGAGAAGCGCCUGUCUUCGGACGACGCUGACUUCGUGGACGUCCUGCAUACGUACACUCGCGAGGCGCUGGGAGUGAGCAUAGGCAUCCAGCAGCCCAUUGGAGACAUCGACAUCUACCCCAACGGAGGAGACGUGCAGCCGGGCUGUGACCUGACCAGCGUUCUGACCAGCGCCGCCGGAGGAAACUUCAUGGAUGUGAUGAAGUGUGAGCACGAGCGAGCCGUACACCUGUUUGUGGACUCUCUGAUUAGCAAGGAACACGCAAGCUUCGCCUACCAGUGCACGGACUCUGAACGCUUCAAGAAGGGCAUCUGCCUGAGCUGUCGUAAGAACCGUUGCAACCAGAUGGGUUACAACGCCAAGAAGACGAGGAAGAGGCGCAAUAGCAAGAUGUACCUGAAGACCCGUGCCGACACACCCUUCGGAGGGAUCCAUUACCAGAUGAAGAUGCAUGUGUUCAACAGAAAGCAGGCUGAUAAUGCUGACCCGACCUUCUACGUGAAACUGUAUGGCGCUCACAACGACAGCCAAGACCUGCACGUAGACAUUCCUAACAAAGUGGGUUUGAACCUGACCAACACCUUCCUGGUCUUCACCGAGGACGACAUUGGGGACCUGUUGAAGAUCCGUCUGAGCUGGGAGGGGGCGUCUGAGUCCUUCGGGUCCUUUUGGAAAAACAUUAAGAAGAACUUCUGGGACUGGAAGAGCAGCAGCAAGCCCACCAACCAGAUGUUGGAGGUCCGUAGGAUCCGUGUCAAGUGUGGAGAAACUCAGAAGAAGUUCACGUUCUGUGCCCAGGACCCCUCGUUGACUGAGAUCACUCCAGGACAGGGGAUCACGUACGUCAAGUGUCGCGAUGGCUGGGAGGUAAAACCCAGUAAAAAAAGGUUACACAUAUAAGGAUUCUGGACUUCAAAGAUCAAUACACUGUCGCCAUGGGGACCCGAAGGCGGAAGAAAGAACCGCCGUCGAUUCGUGACGAGCACCUGGAUGGUUUCCGUUGGUUACUGAUGCUCACAUGACACUGGUCGCUGUCAAAUGGGACGACGGGAGGCACGUUCUGUGGGGAGGGGUGGGCGGUCCUUAGGUGUACUGUCUGUCAGUAUUGUCGGACGAUUCUUAAGUGUUUCUUUGUGCAGACUGGCAGUCAACUCGGAUUAGGAAAAUGGUGUUAAAUGUGUUAUCGGACAUCCCCCCCCCCAACAAACCUAGUCUCUUUACUGUAUAUUUUUUGUAUUAAUUUAUGAAGAAUGGAAGCACUGCAAGACCAGGCUUUAUUUAUCAACCCCCCAAGUACACCUUGUACUGAUGCACAUUACAUUUGAAUCGUUUAAUAUUUGUGAGCUGCAGUAUUUUGUCUGCUUGCGUUUUGAGUGUAUGUCUUUUUUUUAUUUUAUUUUUUUAUGCGUUUUGCGUGUGUGCACGUCAUUUGUAUAGUAUGACCUGUGUGUGUGUGCGAGUGUCUUUUUGGGUAGAGCGAGCCGAGUGAGAUUAACGUGAAUACACUGUAUAACUGAAGGAGGUGACUGGCUACGUGCACAUGAUCUUUCACUGUAUUGUGACUUCUGUGUACCAUAGUAGUUUGUGUAUAUAAUGUAACUAACAUUUUUUUAAUUUUUUUUCCUAAAUAAAUUAAAUUCACUUA